CAGCUUUCAGUAACGAAGUUUUAUGAACGCACCGUUCCCGUCUGCUAUUCCUCUACCUUUCAGCUUCCACGUUAAAAAUGUCUACGGCUGAAGAAUUUCCGACUGUGACUACUGGACAGCCUCAUUUGGCGAAACAGGAUCUAUCGAAAUUAGAUGUUUCCAAAUUAAAUGCACUCUCCCCAGAAGUCAUUAGUAGGCAGGCCACCAUUAAUAUUGGCACAAUUGGACAUGUAGCCCAUGGCAAGUCAACAGUAGUAAAGGCCUUGUCUGGUGUGCAAACUGUGCGCUUCAAGAAUGAACUGGAACGCAACAUCACCAUCAAAUUAGGUUAUGCCAAUGCCAAAAUCUUCAAAUGUGACAAUGAAAAAUGCCCAAGGCCUAUUUGUUACAUGUCUGGAAGUUCAUCAAAGGAUGACUCUUUCAUGGGGCCGCUAGGGAAAUUCAAGUUAGUAAGACAUGUAUCUUUUGUUGAUUGUCCUGGUCACGACAUUCUCAUGGCCACCAUGUUGAACGGUGCAGCCGUCAUGGACGCUGCUCUUCUUCUAAUUGCUGGAAACGAAUCAUGCCCUCAACCUCAGACUUCAGAACACUUGGCUGCCAUUGAAAUCAUGAAGCUCAAACACAUCUUGAUCCUUCAAAACAAAAUUGAUUUGGUGAAGGAAAGCCAAGCUAAGGAUCAGUAUGAACAAAUUUUGAAGUUCGUUCAAGGCACCGUUGCCGAAGGCGCUCCCGUUAUCCCAAUCUCAGCUCAGCUGAAAUAUAACAUAGAGGUUAUUGCCGAGUACGUGGUAAACAAGAUUCCCAUUCCGCUGCGCGAUUUUUCUGCAGAACCCCGACUGAUCAUUAUUCGUUCGUUCGACGUGAAUAAACCCGGUUGCGAAGUAGACGACUUAAAGGGUGGUGUAGCUGGAGGCAGUAUUUUGAAGGGAGUACUGAAGGUGGGACAAGAGAUUGAAGUACGGCCUGGCUUGGUAUCUAAAGAUUCCGAAGGAAAAUUGACGUGCAAUCCCAUCUUUUCCCGAAUUGUUUCAUUAUACGCCGAGCAAAAUGAAUUGAUGUACGCCGUUCCCGGAGGAUUAAUUGGUGUUGGCACUAUGAUCGACCCAACGUUGAGUCGAGCCGAUCGAAUGGUCGGACAAGUUCUUGGGUCGAUUAAUGCCCUGCCAGAAAUCUUUACUGAGCUUGAAAUUUCGUACUUUUUACUGCGCCGCUUGCUUGGUGUCAGAACCGAAGGAGAUAAGAAAGGCGCCAAAGUGCAGAAACUGUCUAAAAACGAAGUAUUGAUGGUUAACAUCGGCUCGCUUUCUACCGGUGGUCGCGUCUUGGCUGUUAAGGCCGAUUUGGCAAAAAUUAGCUUGACAAAUCCUGUGUGUACUGAAGUUGGAGAGAAAAUUGCACUCAGUCGCCGAGUUGAGAAACACUGGAGGUUGAUUGGAUGGGGUCAGAUCCGUCGUGGAGUUACCAUCGCAGCCGAGAAAAAGUGAAAAAGAAAAAGCGAAAUCCCCACCAACUCGCCAGCAACUUUAUUUUUUUCAAUUAUUAUUUGAAGGAAUAAUGGGAUAUUUGACCACUGAGGAUCCGUGUUUAAUACACGUCCCGAAAAAUUUGA